UAGGAUUAUUUCUAAGAACCUAGUGAAAUUAACCAGCACGGCUGAAGAUCUUUGUGUGGUGCAAAUUUGCAAUCGCAGCAACCCAAUUAGCCAAUCAAUUGCGGGGAUUUGUUUGGAACCGCGAGCAGCCUCACGCCAAUUUGCCUUCGUUGCAACGCAAAGUAAAAGUUGUACCACCAGAAGCUCCAAAGAUGAUGCCUUCUCGUCGUGUGCAAAAAAACCAAACAAACAAACGGGUACUUGUUAUAUGAGCACGUACUGGGGCUCCCUUUAUUAGCCAUCGGAUAUUAGUUUCCUGGGAGCCACUCGCAUCAGAUAAUGUCUUUUUCUGUGGAGCUCUUCCUCGUCAGUCGUCAAUUAUCAAUAAAAAGUACUUAGCCUACUACUAAUAAGCCUAUACAGCAAAACAAACGGAAGGCACGUGAAUUGUGGUAGUCGUGGACUACAUUGGUACCUCCCUUUUUCAUCCCUUGGUUUUUGUGUGUGGCUCUCUUUUCUUAUCCCUUAUAUCACCUGCAACCUUUGAUCCCUACACAUAGCAUGCCAUAUGUUCUUCAUUCCUUUCUAUUAGUUUCUCAGUUUCCCUGCACUCUAAAGACCCUUCCUUGCAAUCUAAAGACCAUGUCAAGUCAAGAAAAUGGAUCACCUGAACACCCAACAUGGCCGGAGUUCAAGCUUCCUGACUUGUUGUCUACGGACACUGUUCGACAAGUCCAUGCAACAAUUGAGAAUGAAUGGGAUCCCCUUCAGCGGUCUGCAUGCCAAACUGCAGCUGGUAGAGCCUUGUGGAAGCAUGUGAUUCAUGACCCCCUGGCAGACAUACUUGCUGGAGAGACGUACCUAAAAAAUCUUCAUGAGAAGAUAAAGAAAGACUGUGUCAACAAAGCACGAGAAAUCUCUGGAGUCAUUCUUGCAGUUCGAACCCUCUGGUUUGAUUCAAAACUUGAAGCAGCACUUCAUUCCUUCAAUGACAGAGAAGCACAAGUAGUUCUUCUAGGGGCAGGAAUGGAUGCAAGGCCUUACCGAUUGAGUUGCUUGAAGGAAAUCAAUGUGUUCGAAGUUGAUUUUCCUGAAGUCCUGCAAAUUAAAGCCACUCUUCUGCAAGCAGCGAUGGAUUCUACAAACGAUCACCAGUAUCUAACGAUGACAGCAAAAUCCAUAACCAGAGUGGCGGCUGAUAUCAGAAGCAAUGACUGGCUCGAAAAACUUCAAAUAUCAGGGUUUGUGCCAGAGAAGAACACAGUGUGGGUUCUAGAAGGCAUCCUCUACUACUUAUCCCACUCUGAGGCCACACAAGUACUUGAAAUCAUAGCAGACAAGUGCUCGCUUACUAACACAGUGCUCUUGGCAGAUUUUAUGAACAAACCAUCAACCAGUCUCUCCAGUUCCAUCUUCCAUUUCUACAGCGAUUGGCCUGAUCAUCUCCUGCCAUCUCUUGGCUUUUCUUAUGUUAAACUUUCACAAAUUGGUGAUCCAGAUGCUCAUUUUGGGCUCAUGCACGAUCCCUUAAAUCUGUUCAACAAGCUCCGCAGCUUGCCUAGGUCAGUAUAUACCCACCCAGAUGAUGGAACACCAUGUUGUCGCUUGUAUUUGGUUGAGGCUUCUGGUUCACCAAAGCAAACCAUUCCAUAGAUGGCCAGCUGAUGUUCAAUAAAUAUCUCCAACUAGCUGCACAGCUUGUCUAGGUCAGUACAAACACAGCCAGAUGAUGGAACACUUCACUGCCAGUUGGUGUAGCAACAUCUGAUUACCUAUUAGACCACUCGACAGGGACCAACAGGUCAUUUAUAAUUUGAUACCACAAGUGUCAACUCAAAAUUAAAGCAGCAUAGGAGUAGGCAUCAAUAUUUGUAGUACGGUCGAAGGAAAAUAUAUUCCAUUGGAAUGAGAACUCGAAUGAGAUGUCUGACAAAUUCAUUAGCAAACAAAUAUAUACAUAUUCAGUUGUUCAAUUAUGUUAGGCAAAUUAUCAACAAUGCUCACCGACAAUUGGUAACCUUCAGUAUGCAAAGUAAAAAUUUAUAAGUGUGCAUUUUGCUUCAUUUCAAGCCAGACAGUUAGUUUGUGGAUUGGUUUUCACCAUUAGAUUAACUGAAUGACUAGAAUGACUUAAGAUGUGACGAAAUGUACAUUUCCACAGAGCUACUUGCAUCCCAUUCUGAUAACAACGACCAGAAUGAUAUUUCUACAAUGAGAAACUGAGACUGCAACACGAAGACUUCGCAACAAAACUAGCAUUUACUUUCUUUUUUUGGUUGGAGCAGAACUAGCAUUUAC